AUGAGUAUCUUCCAACGUUUGCUCGGCAGCUCAAAAAAAGGCAAUGGAGAGAAUAUUUCAACGGAUGAAGCAAUCCAACGUUUGUCCAGUGUAGAAGAUCUUCUCAACAAAAAGCAAAUUCAUCUCGAAUCGCAGAUUGACAGUGAAAAAGUCAAUGCAUUAAAUUGCUCAAGACAAGGAAAUAAACGCGGAGCGCUAAUGGCUUUGAAACGAAAGAAAAAACAUGAGAAUGCUUUGAAACAAAUCGAUGGAACUUUAAUCACUUUAGAAAUUCAACGUGAAUCGUUGCAAAAUGCCAAGAGUAACAUCGAAGUGUUACGUGUGAUGAGAUCAGCAGCAGGUGCAUUGCAAAAAACACAUGACAAUCUGAAUGUCGAUGAUGUUCAUGAUCUUAUGGACGACUUAGACGAACAAAAUACCCUUGCAAAAGAAAUUGCCAAUGCAAUAUCAGCACCUGGGUUAAGUGGGUUAGAUCUAUACGACGAUGCUGAUUUAGAACGCGAAUUGGAAGAAUUGGCUGGUUUGGAUGAACAAGAAGACAUCGGUACACUUCCCGAAGUUCCGGCUAUUCCAAUAAAAACAAAAGUCCCCGAUCGAAAACUCGAAGAUUUCGCGACGUAA